AUGGCUAGUAUGGAGCUUGACAUCCCGUUGGCGCCUCCAGUUGAGAAGCUGGAGGACGAGGAAGAGGGAGUAGCUGCAAUCGAGUUGGGCAUCGAGUUUGAACAGUUUGCGAAUUCCCUUGACGACUGUCUUUCGCCUCUUCUUUCAGAAACCGAGAGGCGAGACAAAUUAUUGGACAUACCGCACAAAUACUACGAAAAUGCGACCAAACGAUUAGCACGGCUCAAGGAAACCAAGCUUCACCGGCCCAACGACGAUGUUGAUAUGGAUACGGACGACUUUGGAGUCCAGGCAUUAUCGUUGGAAGAAGAAAAAGAGAUUGCGCAGCUGGAGCGGGAGGUUCAGACUUGGGAUUUACUGCGACGGGUUUUGCCUCUGCGACACCCAUCCUCCGAAAGCAAGGAGCAACUCUCCCGCUUCCAGAAGCUGGGCGAUCGACCCAACAAGACUCUUUCUCUAGAUCACUUUUUCCAGGUUGACCCGGUCGCUGCAGAACGCCGAGCUGUCUUGCAGUGGCUUCAAAACAAUGCAGCUUCAGGCCCCGAUAUCGAUGAGCUCUCAAGGGAGUUGCAACAAAAUGCUGACCGGGGGGACAUAAUAUCCCACGGCUGGCUGCAUACUCGGUCCGCGAUCAAAAUGAAGAAGGGACUUACGGGCUGGCCUCAUCUGCUCGACCGCCAGUCCGCCGACACCAACAAGUCACACAUCACAAGCACUGGCGCGCCUCUUGUGACUCAGCUGGACCCGGAUGCUCCAUCAAGGCAAGGCCGUAAACUGCAACCACAAGACGAAUACUUCGAACGCGCGAUUUGGUUGGGCUGUUUCGAGCACCUUCGCCGGGGGAGCAGCCUGGACAAGAUCCGAGAGUGGUGCCAGGAGAGGACGGAGUUGUGGAGGGCUGUUUCCACGUCAGCUUUACUUCUACCCACAGACCAAGAUACUGUGGAGGCGGAGGCAGAUCCGCUUUCUUUGGCUCUUUGGCGCCGGAUGUGCUACAGCCUGGCGCGCCAAGGCGGAUCUGAUGAUUAUGAGCGUGCUGUUUAUGGUCUUCUCUCCGGAGAUAUCUCAAGUGUUGAAAAGGUAGCAACGAAGUGGGACGAUUACCUGUUUGCCCAUUACAAUGCUCUUCUUCGGACACAGAUCGACACGUUCCUGUUGUCGCAAUGCGAUAGCGGUGCGGUAUCGAGCUUGACCACCACGUUCCCAUCAUUCGACGCCAUUCAGUUCCAUGGCGACGCUGAGCGUGUUGAGUGGCGUCUGGUUCGCUCCAUAGAGACUCAGAGUACGACUCUGAGGUAUGAAGCUUUUGAACCUAACAAAGCCCUCCAGGCAUCUAUUGUUGCCAAGGAUGUCGAUGAGUACCUCUUCCAGCAAGGAGAGUCUUUAGGCAUAACCCCUAGGUAUGAUGACCCUUCGGCCGUUGUGCGUAUUGCACGUAGUCAACCCGAACGUAAGGCUGUCAAGUUUUUCGGUCUGAACGAUUUUGAUGGGCUUCGGAUUGUCGGGCAUGUAUACGUCCUUGUUACACUGCUGGACAGGCUUGACAGGCAAGCCGAGGGCGCCCUCAGUAAGCCCGUGGACCAAGAACGGCGGUUCGCUCAAGAGUCUAUUAUUGCUCUAUACACAGACCUGCUCAGGCGGGCCAAGCUUCAGGAGUUGAUUCCUCUUUAUUGCUCUAUCCUGGAUCAACCUCGAAGCUACAGGGUCUUAAGCCAGAAUUUAAUCCAUAUCAGGGAUUACGAGCAACGCCUCACUCAGCUCAAGCUGAUAAAAAAGGCCACCAUCGAUGUCAUUGAAUUCGUCACUUCACAAGCAAACACGCGCUACCAGACUCUUAUGUCGAUCAACGCAAAUACUUUCGAGGCGAAAAAGAACUUCAAAAUAUUGGCUGCAGAGUCGCCAAGUGCUCGCCUCGGACGUGGCGUCAAAGCAGAUUUCUUUGGUGACGACGAUAAGUUGGUUGAGAAUCAGCAUGAGGAGAUGAUUAGGGCUUUGGAGUGGCUAUUGAUGGUUGACGAGACUUGGGCAUUGGUUUUCUCUUUCGGAGUCAACGUCUACAAGUAUUUCCUUAAACAUAUGCAUCUUCUGGCGGCGAGGCGACUUCUGGAGAGAGUUUCGUUCAUCGAAAUUAUGCAGGGAACUGGCUUGGACGAUGAUGACGAGGCCAUGGAUAGGAUCACAUUUUGGUCUGAUCAACUCAAAGAGAAGAACAUUACUUCAGUUGCCCCUGAGAAAGUCAUGGCUGACGCACGCAACUUCCGAGAGUUGGAGUCGCUUGUGCGUGCCUUGGACAGCUUGGAAACUAUCGGAUCUCUGGUUGAGAUCUCAGCAGAUAUUCCUCCCAACAACCGCGAGUACUGGGGUAACUUUGGCGCCGCAGCGCGCACCGUCAAGGAAAGCAUGGAGCCACUUUUGAAGAACUGGUUGCUUGCUGGCAUCCAAUCUGGCGAUGGUGAGCUCAAGGACUUGCGACAAGUUUAUCUCCCCGAAACAGUGUUGGCAUACGUUAGCGCCUUGCACAUCUCUGGCACUUCCCUCUCGCGGGAUUGGCUGUUAGAGUGCAUGCAGCUUGCCGCUGUGGUUGCUGAGCGCGAUUCGGAUCUUGAAGGCACCUUUGUCGAAGCCAAGCGCGUUAAGGAGCUCCUGGAGGCGUUUACUGCUUGCAGCAAGGCCCUGGCCAUUACAACCGGCGACAAGCGCGCCGCAAGCCAGGGCAGCAAGAAACUCCGUGAGAUGGGAUGGUCGCGGGAUCUUUGGUCCGUCAAGUCAACUUAA